CAGGUAUCUCUCGCUAACCACCGAGUCUUCUAGAAGGGAUAAAGUAACACAUAUUACUUUUUUUUUUUAAACGACGUGGUAAGUGUUAUAAUAAAUUCGAUCAUUUCCUUGAUAAAAAAACAACUUUACUAUCGUUUACGGUAUUCGCUUUCAACCAAUACUAAAGUAAGUAAGCACAGCGUUGUUAUAAUAUUUUAAGAAUAUUUCCCCCCAAAAGAUUAAGGAGAUAUGUACGAACGCGUAUUUCAUUUAGAAAAAAAAACAUAUUUUAGGGACCGUAUUUUCCGGCGUAUAAGACGACUUUUUAACCCAUGAAAAUCUUUUCAAAAGUAGCGGGUCGUCUUUUACGCCGGGGGUCGUCUUAUGAGCUGGUGUACAGCCCAAACCCUAGAUUUUAACAGGAAAAGUAGGGGGUCGUCUUAAGAGCUUGUGUACAGCCAAAACCUUAGAUUUUCACAGGAAAAGUAGGGGGUCGUCUUAUGAGCUGGUGUACAGCCCAAACCCUAGAUUUUAACAGGAAAAGUAGGGGGUCGUCUUAAGAGCUGGUGUACAGCCAAAACCCUAGAUUUUCACAGGAAAAGUAGGGGGUCGUCUUAUGAGCUGGUGUACAGCCAAAACCCUAGAUUUUAACAGGAAAAGUAGGGGGUCGUCUUAAGAGCUGGUGUACAGCCAAAACCCUAGAUUUUCACAGGAAAAGUAGGGGGUCGUCUUAUGAGCUGGUGUACAGCCCAAACCCUAGAUUUUAACAGGAAAAGUAGGGGGUCGUCUUAAACGCCCAGUCGUCUUAUACGCCGGACCAUACGGUAUCUUAAAUAUGCCAAUAAGUCUUAGAAACUAUAAAAUAAUUCUAACACCCUAAAUUCUUUUUUGUUUUCUUUCAUCGAUGAGAUAUUAAUAAUUUUUGAUUUGGUUCAAUUGUAAAAAAAAAAAAAAAUCCUUGCAUAAAUGUGAUUUAGGAUUUUUUUCAAUUAUUGCCAAUAGCUAUCGUUGUGCAUCAUGUAUCUUAAGUAACUAUGUCAUUCUUUUUAGCCUUUGAAUGCAAAUGGGAGAGCUUCUUAUAAGAUGGUGAGUACCACGGCUUUUAUUCUUUACUCGAUAAUAUUUAAAUUAAUAUCCUUUUUUAAUGCUGUUGCCCAUACGUUGCUCAACGCCAGGAACCUACUCCACAGGGUUGAUAAUUUAUCAGAUAAUAAGUUUCUUGUCAAAUUGUAUUUAGUGUGUUUAAACUUACUGAUAGUCGGAACACCUCACACUGAUGACUUACAUACAUAUAAAGAACAGUUUUAUUUCAUUAUUUAUUCCUCAACCACCUCCCCCCAUUUUUUUCAAUUUAGAGGGGGGGGGGGACAACAUUUUUAUAAGAAAAUACAAAAUUGUAAUCCACAUAAUUUGAAAUAAGACAAAUUUAAUAUUACAAAUAAAAACUGAUUAUUUUAUGAUUAAAAAAUAUUUAAAAAAAGAGAACACAUUUCAUUCAAUAAAAGUUGUUUAAGAAAAACAUUUUAAAAAAAUAAUACAACACAAAAGCAAAUUAGUUUUUAAAAUAAAAAUAAAAUUCUAUAAAAAUGAAUUGUCCGCUCUCUUAUUCCCUGACAACAGCUUUCUUUUCACCAUCAUCUUGCCGUUGACCUCAGCGUUCAGUUUCUACCAGUAUCAAGUACCGAAUGGAGAUAACGUUGGUGACCCUUGUCAACGUGGUGGACAAUGGGCGGCAAUCGGUCAUCAGAUGAUCUACGGAGGCGGGCCGAGAAAUCCGUUUGGAGACGCCUUUGACAGAGCUGGGAGAAACGUGAGUUUUAGAAGAAAUUAGUUUUGGUUGCGAGACCUUUGCAAAUGGUUGGGAAUUGAUUUUGUUUCCAGAGAUGUGAAACCCCGAUGUUUGGAUGCAGCUGGUGUGUCGGUUAGCAGAUGAGGACACGCAUUUCAUUAAAAGCCUCAUGUAGCUGGUGUGUCGGCUAGCAGGUGAGGACACACAUUUCAUUAAAAGCCUCAUGCAGCUGGUGUGCCGGCUAGCCUAGCAGGUGAGGACACACAUUUCAUUAAAAGCCUCAUGCAGCUGGUGUGCCGGCUAGCAGGUGAGGACACACAUUUCAUUAAAAGCCUCAUGCAGCUGGUGUGCCGGCUAGCAGGUGAGGACACACAUUUCAUUAAAAGCCUCAUGCAGCUGGUGUGUCGGCUAGCAGGUGAGGACACACAUUUCAUUAAAAGCCUCAUGCAGCUGGUGUGCCGGCUAGCAGGUGAGGACACACAUUUCAUUAAAAGCCUCAUGCAGCUGGUGUGUCGACUAGCAGGUGAGGACACACAUUUCAUUAAAAGUCUCAUGCAGCUGGUGUGUCGGCUAACACGUGAGGACACACAUUUCAUUGAAAGCCUCAUGCAGCUGGUGUCUCGGCCAGCGGGCGAGGACACGUAUUUCAUUAAAAUCCUCUCCAUGUUUUUGUGGUUGUUGAUCUUUGCACUUCACAUGCAAAGAUGAUCAAUGCUGUAUUUGAACGUGAGUACGCAUAUAACCCUCCAGUGCUAUUUAUGCUUGGAAAGCUUUCCCGCACGUGGAAUACAUGUCAUUUUGUGUCGUGGUUGGAACUGAGUCGAUUUUGUUUCUUCGUUCCGUGCGUGUUCUUUGCGGAGUGAUAUCUUGGGGAGUGAGCGGAGCGAUAUCUUGGGGAGUGAGCGGAGCGAUAUCUUGGGGAGUGAGCGGAGCGAUAUCUUGGGGAGUGAGCGGAGCGAUAUCUUGGGGAGCGGAGCGCUCGUUCUCUGAGGAUUUCCUUAAAUUUAAAGGAGAUCUUAUCCCAUUGUUUUUAACGCCCAUGAACUUUAUUUUCAAGAAAUAAAUAAAGAAAUAGUGCUCUGCUAUUAAAGAUAUCAAAAAAAAAAUUAUAUGCCCUUGAACUAAAAAAAAUAAUUUCUUGCCUGUUUUGAAUCUAUACUCAUCUCCUUACUGAUUAAUGAAAACAUAAUUAGCUUAUACUUUAGAGAUUACAAUGUACAGGCUUGCGAAAGAAAGUCCAUAUAAAACAUGGAUCGGUUUGAAACUUAGAUGUAUACAUCCUUUUUUUAAAUAGAAUAGUUUUUUCGACAGAAAUAAUGUCGAGAAAUCAGUAGCAGCCAUUCAGCCAGUUAGUUGUUACACAUUUGAUGAAGAGGUUUGCAAUCAGAAUAAAAUAUUGUAACUUAAGUCUAAUAGAAUCAUAACCUAUGUGCUUCUGUUCAGUGGACAAAGGCGCUCUGUCUAGAGGACUCUGAUGGCGACGGCAGGACCAACGGUCAAGAGCUGGGAGACCCUAAUUGUGUCUGGUCUUAUGGUAGAGGAGACCCAAUGACCGGGAACAUAACACACCCAGGUGAAAAAAUAAUGUUUUUGAUUAGUGAUAAGUUCAUUAAUUUAGGCAGUGAUAGACCGGGAUAUAACCGAUUUGAUGAUUCAUACACCUGCCAUAAUCAGUGAUUCAUACAGCUACAAUAAGAACUUAAAGUUACAGUGAAAUAAUCUAUUAAUACCGUAAUAUUGUUACAAAUAAUAUAUAGAAGAAUGAGCCAAUGAACCAGAGAAGAUGCACAUUUUUUUUCAAUAAGCCUGCUAGAUAAACUAGGUAUUUAUAGAAAUAAAUAGAAAUCUUUUUUUAAAAAAAUGAUAGUCAAAUGUGGGUAUGUUACGGAAAUCGAAACACUCUAAUAAAAUUAAAUACAAUCUUUAAUGUGUAAGUAGUUUUUUUAAUAAACAAUAGAAAUACAUUGAACAUAACAAUUAAAAUUUUUUUUAAAGUAUUUAUCUGAAUGUUAGAGUUAAGAUACCUUAUAAAAAAUAUCAAGAUUCUUAUCUAUCAUCUCAUUAUUAAUUAAUAACUAGUCGUUCCGCUCCUACAUGUUUCAAUUUCAAUGUUCCCAAGGUAUAUGUGAACCACUGGACAGUGCCAGAUGUCUAGGUAAGAACAACUUCGACACGUGUCUGACCCCUAAGACGGUGAUUGACAGCUGCUCUGUAGCAAACAAUUCUGGUAUGUCUGAAAGAGGAUUUCUUAAACCUUAUUCCACGUAACCAUGUUUACCAAUAAAUUGUUACAAAAAGAUGUAUUUUCAUUUAAUCGAUAUGAAGCCAAUCAAUAAAGUUGAAUUAGGAUUUACAGUAUCAUUUAAUACCGUACAGCUAGAAGUUAAAGUCUCCUUUAGUACAGCUAGGAGUUAAAGUCUCCUUUAGUAGAGCUAGGAGUUAAAGUCUCCUUUAGUACAGCAAGGAUUCAUAGUAUUAUUUAGUACAGCUAGGAGUUAAAGUCUCCUUUAGUACAGUUAGGAGUUAAAGUCUCCUUUAGUAGAGCUAGGAGUUAAAGUCUCCUUUAGUACAUCAAGGAUUCAUAGUAUUAUUUAGUACAGCUAGCUAGGAGUUAAAGUCUCCUUUAAUACAGCUAGGAGUUAAAGUCUCCUUUAGUAGAGCUAGGAGUUAAAGUCUCCUUUAGUACAUCAAGGAUUCAUAGUAUUAUUUAGUACAGCUAGGAGUUAAAGUCUCCUUUAGUACAGCUAGGAGUUAAAGUCUCCUUUAGUACAGUUAGGAGUUAAAGUCUCCUUUAGUACAGCAAGGAUUCAUAGUAUUAUUUAGUACAGCUAGGAGUUAAAGUCUCCUUUAAUACAGCUAGGAGUUAAAGUCUCCUUUAGUACAGCGAGGAUUCAUAGUAUUAUUUAGUACAGCUAGGAGUUAAAGUCUCCUUUUGUACAGCUAGGAUUCAUAGUAUUAUUUAGUACAGCUAGGAGUUAAAGUCUCAUUUAGUACAGCUAGGAUUCAUAGUAUUAUUUAGUACAGCUAGGAGUUUAAGUCUCAUUUAGUACAGUGAGGAGAUAAAAUCUCAUUUGGUACAGCGAGAAGCAAUGGUUAGGGCCGGAGACUCACCGUUUUAGCGUGAACAGGUCGAUCAUACUACGUCACGGGGUUAAGCUCUGUGAUAUAUAAGUGGCCUUGUUGAUGCAAUAAUAGAUAAAUACAUAUAGCAUUGACUUGAUAAUAUCCUAUUUUGACUUUGUUAUAAGUCCCACACGGGCGCAUCUUUCUUAUAAAUUACUCUUUGCAGGUAUCAAAACAAUGAACUUGACUUUCCCGAAGAUGAUAAUCCCACCUGCUUCCAACAGUUCUCUGUGUAUGACCGUGGAUGCAUCCAGGGAGAUGGAUUACCAUCUGUUUGCCGUCCAGCCUGUCGUAGACGUUACUAAUGUAACUUAUAACAUGCUUCUGUAUGGCUGUGACAAUAGUAAGGAUUAAAUACAGUGAAAUAACAUUUGAUCUCUCUGCAGACCUGGCAACAAAACCAGACGACCACCCCCGUCAAUCCCCCCCCCCUGUGGAGGGUGUUGCACUCUAGAGCCCCCCCCCCCUAAAUGUUGUGUCAUAAAAUGUGCCUAUAUCAUUAUAUAACAAUUAGAUCAUUGUGAAAAUAAUGUAUAUAUAUAUAGAUGCCCGUAUAUAACACACACAUAUAUAUAGUGAGCUGUAACUUAAUGUUUAGAAAUCACCAUUAAACCAACCUUCGAACAUAUUUUUGUCCAUCCAGCCACAAGUGAUUCGACACUGGCCCCACAGGUCUGUCAGGCGAGCUCCGCGGGCUGUCAGGUUAUCACGACAUGGACUUUUGGACAACCCGGAACAUGCUUCGGAGAAACCGUCGGCUACCGGAUGGGGAAGUCGGGUUUUCAAAGAUUUAAGCUGGAGGUUUGGAAGUUCGCUUGCUAUCGUUUGGGCUUUUCGUCUGAUUAUAAACAAAACAAGCACGAACCGAACGUUUCGCAUUAGGGAUUUUCAUGCUUACAACAAUCAGAACAUUGUACCAUGAUGAUUUUAAGAAAAUGUCUAAGUAGGCUGUUAGAUUUUUUCAACAGACAAUACGACCCGGUUCUUGAAUUUCUGUUCGUGCGCGUGUGUGUGCCAUUGUUGUUGUUGUUCUUUUGGGGUAGGGGAAGUUGGGGAGAGAGUAGGGGUGGGGAUAAAUAAGACUUGACAUUGGAAAGUAAAAUCAGUCAUCUGUUGUUCAAAUUUUUUUUUUUUUUUAAAUUAAUAAAAAAAUAAGUUUAACACAAAACUAAUAAAUAAUGUUUAUUAAGUCGUCUUAAGGUAACUACUUACAUCUCUAAAGUUAAAGAAAACACCAAAAGCAAAUUCAAAAUUUAGGCGUCAAUUUUGAAAAUUACAUGACUUUAAAAAAUGUUUGUGUUUGCCAUUCAAGUUUGUAUGGCACUUUGUAAACUUUUUUUUUUUUUUUUGAUGCUGGGGCUGCAAAUUUAUAAGGACUUAAUGUCCCAUUGUAGUUUUAUUAUAACCAUUUAUAGAUUCAAUUUUACCGAGGCUGAUGGCGAGAUAUCAGCUCUACACUUGAUUACUCCUAUGAAAUUUAAAUUUUCUUCUGACAAAGCAUAAUUUAAGUUGAUGUCCGUUUGCCAAAGUAAAUCUUUUUUGAUAAAUCUCCAGGGUAAAUAGUCGGCGAUUAGUAUUUUAAGACCAAUGCCAAAGCUCUGCUCAGCAGGACUGAUAAGGAUUGGGGAUAAGGCUUUUUUUGUUUUUGGUAUUACUAUAAUUUUGAACUCAAGUGUCUCAGCCCUUUAGAAAAUAUAGUUCAUGCUUAUGUUACACAGGAUCGUACUAUUUAUCUUAAUAUCCUUUUAAACAGGUUCGUUAUAUCAUUGUUAACUUAAUGUCUUGGCCCCUAGAUUCACUACAGCAAUAGGAAGCUUUCAUCCGGAGUCAGCGGCUCUAGUGGACUGAAUCUGUACUACAAGCCGGCCAGCGCAACUGUACAUGAUUUGGUGACCUUAAGAACUGGACAGUCACUGUUGGAAAUACCACCAGGUCCGAUCAACGGGAGAUUUAAUUUCUUAAGCAUAGAGAUUAUUAAUUAUCAAGGAGGUUAUUUCAUCCAGACAUGCCAAAUAAUUUAAUAUUAUAUUGAGCGGCUAUUUUUUUUGCGAUUUUUCAGCGAAACUUUUCGCUUGUCAGUUUCGCCCCGUAAGUUGACUCAAUUGACUUAUACAUGAGUUAUUGAUUAGUAAAGAUGCUAUAGUGGAAGCAAGCAUAGUUUGUACACAUCUUGACAGUAUGUCUGACAGAAGUCGUUUCUCCCCACUAAUUCCUUUUGUUAACUCCUCUAGUCCCCAUUGUUAACUGCUCUAGUCCCCUUCAUUAACUGCUCCAGUCCUCUUUGUUAACUGCUCUAGUUCCCUUUGUUAACUGCUCUAGUCCCCUUUGUUAACUACUCUAGCCCCCUUACUUAACUGCUCUAGUCCCCUUUUUUAACUGCUCUAGUCCCUUUUGUUAACUGCUCUAGUCGCUUUUGUUAACUGCCCUAGUCCUCUUUGUUAACUGCUCUAGUCCUGUUUGUUAACUGCUCUAGUCUCCUUUGGUAACUGCUCUAGUCUCCUUUGUUAACUGCUCUAGCCUCCUUUGUUAACUGCUCUAGUCCUCUUUGUUAAAUUCUCUUUCUCCUUCUUUAACUGCUCUAGUCCUCUUUGUUAACUGCUCUAGUCUCCUUUGUUAACUGAUAUAGUCUCCUUUGUUAACUGCUCUAGUCCUCUUUGUUAACUGCUCUAGUCCCCUUUUUAAAAUGCUCUAGUCCUCUUUGUUAACUGCUCUAGUCCUGUUUGUUAACUGCUAUAGUCUCCUUUGUUAACUGCUCUCGUCUCUUUUGUUAACUGCUAUAGCCUCCUUUGUUAACUGCUCUAGUCCUCUUUGUUAAAUGCUCUAGUCUCCUUCGUUAACUGCUCUAGUCCUCUUUGUUAACUGCUCUAGUCCUGUUUGUUAACUACUCUAGUCUCCUUUGUUAACAGCUCUAGUCUCCUUUUUUAACUGCUCUAGUCCUCUUUGUAAACUGCUCUAGUCCCCUUUGUUAACUGCUUCAGUGCCUUUUGUUAAUUGCUCUAGUCCCCUUUGUUAACUGCUUUAGUCUCCUUUGUUAACUGCUCUAGUCCCCUUUGCUAACUGCUCUAGACCCCUUUGUUAACUGCUCUAGUCCCCUUUGCUAACUGCUCUAGACACCUUUGCUAACUGCUCUAGUCCCCUUUGCUAACUGCUCUAGACCCCUUGGUUAACUUCUCUAGUCCCCUUUGCUAAAUGCUCUAGACCUCUUUGUUAACUUCUCUAGUCUCCUUCAUCAACUGUUCUAGUCCCCUUUGCAAACUGUUCUAGUCUCCUUUGUUAACUGCUCUAGUCCUCUUUGUUAACUGCUUCGGUGCCUUUAGUUAAUUACUCUAGUCCUCUUUGUUAACAGCUCUGGUCUCCUUCAUUGUCUGCUCUAAUCACCUUUGUUAACUGCUCUAGUCCUUACAAUGCAAAGCCUGGCGUCUUUGCAUGAUUUCUUCAAAAUGCUUAACUUUCUGAUAUUUUAGUGUUUCGCAUCCUUUGUACGCGAGAGAUUUAAAUUAUGUAAUUGAAUCAUGUGAACCAUUCCGUUAGGUCCGAAAAUAGACACACACACACACACACGACACAUAUACACACCACACGUACACAAACACAAAAAACACACUCAUAUAUACACUACACACCACACCAUAGACACACACACAAACACACACAACACACACACACUUACACAUGACGGUUCUGUUCCAUGAUUCAUUCAUGACAGUGACAACAUGCUUGACCAAGAUGCAUACAAUUCUAUAUAUGAUUUCUAUAUAUGAUUAUACCUCUAUUAACCACUGUGUAAUCUCAGUCCUGUUCGUUUAUUUCCAGGUAGACCGAGUGUCACCCAAGUCGGUGUUUGUAAUGGAACGUGCACAAGGACAACGUUAUCCAAACCGGCCUACAUCUCCCACGCUUUGAAUUCCAUGCACUCUCUUGGUCAGUUCUUAUAUUAGACAUUUUUGUGUGCCCUAAAUUGCAAAUAUUUAAAAUGGUGUACAUCAUACAAGUUACAUUUCCUUUUACUCAUAAAUUGUUUCAUUAUAGCAUGCAUGUUGACAUAAAUCAGCUAAGGACUAGUUUAGGAUGCUUCGGCUAGAUGCCCUUUUCAGUCGACAAUACAAAAACACGAUUUAAAUAGAACUUAAAAAGGCUUAUGUGUUAAAAAUCUCAAUCAAAUCAUUGUAGAUCUAUGUUUAGAACCGAAAGCAGGCAUCUUGCCGAAACGUCCUUAAAAUUGUCCUCUUGUUUUUUGUUUUUUUUUUCGUUUCAAGCCUAACUAUAUCUCGAUCCACUUUUUCCUUCACACGUCUUGAACACAGGGAUGUGACACCUGCUGGCACAUAUUUUGGGGCAGCAUUUUUGAUCCACUGUAUUUACUUUAUAAAGCUUAAAUUUGUAAGUGCAUUCUAAAUGCAUUGUGGUUUUCGUUAAUUAGAGGCUACAAAGUAAAUCAAACCCGCCUCUUUUGCCUGAAACUCUAGCUACUCCACUGAGACAACCGUGAUCUGAACACUUGUGAAGAAAAAAAAAAAGUCGUACAUUUAAAAAAAAAAAAAAAAAAAAAAUAUUCACCACACCUCUUCAUUGCCUAACUGGUUGUGGAAUGUUUUGCUUUAAACAUUUUUUCAGGCGUUGCUAUGAAGAUUGAAUUACGUCGAAACGGCAUCAAGCUGGCUGACAUCAGCAAUGACGCCGUCUACAAUUACGAAGCACCGUCGACUCGCUAGUAAGUGAUGUUUAGAAGAUGCCCUGGGCGUCAGUGUGAUACAGCUUGUGAUCCAUGUGUCUGGGUGACUUUAAUAUUCAGGCUUGCUAAACGUUUAGUACGUCUAGGCGUGUAUUUUCCAACAUUUUCAAUUACAGUGCGAUUCUUUGAUACAAGCAAAAUUUAAACAUAUAAUUUUACUUUUCAGAGAUUUAAACUCAAUGUUACUAAUACGUGCCAUCAUUACUUUGCUAGAUAUUUUCUACUGGCAUGUACAAAAACUUACAUUUGCUUCUACCCAAUGGUAUAUUACUACGACACAAUUUAGUCCUAUUAAACGUGAAAUAGAUCUUCGUAGAAAACAAUUGGAGCUAGAAUUUGAUUAUAUCUUUAAAAAAUUUGGGGAUUGGUGGUGGGUCACAGAAGGGCCAAGGAAUAAGUGGCGGUACUUCCUGAGAUGUUGACUUCUUUCUAACCCACUUUAAUCAGUAAAUAACCUUUAUUAGCCAAGAGACUGACUUUGUGUUUGCAUUUCUGCACUCUAUUAACCUUCACCACUGAUCGUUGUUGUGAUGGUCUUGUUUUAACAUCACAUUUAUAUUCCGCACCCAUGGUAAUAUUCGGUCUUAAAAACCUACCCCCCUAAUAUUUCGAUGCUAUCUCUUUAAAGUCACCGUCCACACAUUGAACUCCUACCUGGGGAUGAGGUAGUGACCACAUGCGUCUAUAACACCACGGCCUCCAAGCGCUGGGUCUACCAAGGGGAGAGAUCUGCCGAUGAGGUGUGUGCCGGUUACCUGGCUGUGUAUCCACGGGAUGCUGUAGCCAUGCAAGGUACAUAACGAUUCGUGUCACGGUGGUUUGGACAGCGAGUUGUUUCGGGGAAUUUCAGUAUAGUUGCUAGCUGCUAUUAAUCUUCCCAUGGAGUAGCCAGGUGUUGCUGUAUCGUAACAAUGGACAUUAGGGACAUCAUUUGGUUAGGGCAGGGGGGGCAACCCCCCCCCUUUCCUCACUGAUUUGCUGCUUUUAUUUAAAUUGCUGUGUACUGUGGCGCCUUCAGUCAUAAACAUCUUAACAAGCUGAGCAAGUUUUGGUUUUGCCCCUCCCCCCUCCCUUCCGCUUAAAAAAAAUCAACUGAAAUGAUGCCCCUGAUGGGCAUGGUCUAUAAUAGCUGAUUGAAUAUUUUCAUCUUGCGAAUCUGAGAUACCAGACAAUUCCACACCAUUCAUAUCAAACCAUUCAGCACUUAAAAUAGAAGUAUUGUCGGUGUGAGCAAUAAUUGUCAUAAGCUCUCUCUCUGUCUUUGAGUUAAUAUAGCUGUUAUUGAACACCGAUGCGUCAGUUUAAAAAAAAAAAAUGAACACCGUGUACAAUGAUGUGUAAAUCAUUGUAGAGAGCGGAUUAAGAGAAAUUGACAGGUUAACAGAUGCCAACUUUUGACUUCUCUUGCACUAACAAAGCGUGCUAACAUUCUGACCAGCCAUCUGCAGUGCACAGACAGACACGCAUUAAACAACUCUUAUAUUGUUAAAAGCCUAAACAUAUAUGACUCUUUACACUCAUUAAAUUGUUUAAAAUAAUGUAAGAUUCAGUCAAUUUUUAAGAUUAAAAUUUUAAUAGAAAAAAAAUAAAUAUUGUUGACGUCAUCUAAUCUAAAGCCCCCCUCCCUCCCCCCCCCCUUGUCAACAACUUUCAAACAUUUCCAAACCUCCUCCCCCUAUUUUUGUUGACGUAAUUAAUCGACGCCCCCUUUGAAGAAUCUAAUGUCCUGUCUUCAACAAUUUGGUCAGGUCUUUUAACUGUUUCCCUUUUCGCCUAUAUUUCCGACCUCUGCCGGAAUUAGACUGGGCGUCUCUGGGGAAUCUAUCUUCAAGCGACGUCAUGUCCGGUACCCCACUCAACGGCUGUGAUUGGAAGGCGUUCACUGACGUAACUAACCCGGACGCAAUCAGGAUGUACACCGAGCUUACCAAGAAUUGUAACCUUGACGGUUUUUGCAGGUACUUUUUGUUACGUAUUCCUAAUUAGAUUGUGAGUUCACAACGAAACUAAAUCCCUGAUUUUUAUGAUUUGGAGAUAAAAUUAAUGGUGUACUUGUUCAAUGCUGUUUCGGCUUUUGAAAAAUCCAACUUUCAUUAUAAAGAUUCAUAAAUGAGUUAUCGUAGAUGAUAAACAUCAUGCAUCUGGCUUUAUUCUACAUGAGCUUCAAGCAAAAACAUUAUAUAUAUAUAAUUUUGCUAGUGGUGUGACUGCUUCAAUUAUCGGAUAGCACGCAAAAUAUAAUUCCCGAUAACUACACUAAAUAAUUUUUUUUAAAUAAAAUAAUGCAACUGCGUUUGGUGCGUUAUAUUUUCUUCUCGGAAGAGGAAACUGGUUGGGACAUCCAGACUAUUAAUAUAGUCCACGGGCGUGCAAUAAAAAGUGAUCAGUGACGUAUCAUGGGGUCAAAGGGUGUAGCUAAAUUUGGGAUUCUAAACCUUAAAAUGUGCAUUACUUGAUUGCAUGUUUUGUCAAGUAACUUGACUAGAUGGGAAGUUCAUGCAUUGCUGUCGCCAAUGUUUGGCCAGCUAUAAAUAGUAAAUACAUAUUAUACUUAAAGCAUUAAAAAUGUAGACAGCGAUUUAAAAUUUCUUAAAAUGCAUUACGCAAGGAAAGGCCGUGAAAACGUGUAGAUUUACAUUAUACUUGCUUUUCGAAAUGAUUGUAGAAGAACCUGAAAUAUAUGUUAUUUGAUUAAUUUCUGAAAAUAUUUUCUGCAUAAACCUUCUUUGCAUAAUGCAUUAAAAAAUUAAAAUAUAUUUUUUUUCUUUGUAAUGCCUCUUAUCUCGAAUUCGAUAGAAAAUUGUAAAACUUUUUUCUUCUUUUUAGCAUCACAAUUCUAAUCUUUUAAUUAUCAUUAAAAGUAGAAUUAUUAACUUUUAAAAAAAAAAUCGAAUGCCUACAACGUCCCUGUUAUACUGACUGAACUCUUUACCUAGGGAUAAAACUAAAAGGUAGACCCGAGUUCACACACCCACCCUUUCACCUAACAAAGCAGACGUGGUCAAUCACGAUCAUGUUAGCCGUAAUGUAAACCUGCCUCCGUCGACCAAGUAUUAAAAACCCCCACACACCUUUUUUUUUCCAAGCGUUCCCCAGGUGAACACGGCACGAAAAAGACUCAAUCUUAAAAUGUCAUGUCUGUAAACAAUAAAAAUUACCCCCCCCCCCCCAAAAAUUGCGAGUAGAAAGAACCUUUAAAAAUAAUGAUAUAAAGCUAACAAGCACAAAUUAACAAUUAAUAUUAAAAAAAAAAAAAAAACACGAAAUAAAUCUGUCUCGAAACAGACCAGAAUGUCAGGAGCUGGCUAACACACUUAACAGACAUCCAUGUCUGAACGGAGACGCGGCCAGGAUCGUCAACCACUUCAUGGAGUCGAGACGAACGGGCCUGGAGUUCCUGGGACGCCUUCACUCGUGUCCUCGAACCGUGGCGCAUAACUGCUCAACAGGUUGUCCCGGAGCCUGCGACGGUGACUGCUCCCAGAUCUGCGCGGACACGGUCGUUGGUUACAACCCCAAGAACCCUGACAACCCCCAGAACAACGACGACCCAGUCGGUGUAGAUGGUGUAGAUGGAGCCAGCAGCACAGUUGCACAGUUUUGGAUUUUGAUGAUCGCUCCAAUUGUUGUUCUAAUGAUACAGAUUCUGAUAAAACUUUAGUGUUCCAAUAUUGUAAUAGUACGUGUUAAGGCCUUCGUUAUGUCUAAUAAACUUAGUGGCUUUUAAAUCUGAAUUUUCAGUGUAAAGCUCCAUAACACCCUCUCCGUAUGACCUUCUUAACAUUACCCUCUCCAUAUUACCCUCAACAUAUUACCCUCUCCAUAUUAACCUUUCCAUAUUACUCUCUCCAUAUUACCCAUUUCAUCUUACCCUCUAAAUAGUAUCCUCUCCAUAUCACCCUCUCAAUAUUACCCUCUCCAUAUUACCCUCUACAUAUUACACUCUCCAUAUUAACCUCUACAUAUUACCAUCUCACAUUACCUCUCAAUAUUACAAACUCCAUAUUAUCCUCUACAUAUUAUCCUUUCCAUAUUACCCUCUCCAUAUUACCCUCUCCAUAUUGCUCUCUCCAUAUUACCCAUUCCAUAUUGCCCUCUAAAAAUUAUCCUCUACAUAUUACCCUCUUUUUAUUAACCUUUCCAAAAUAAAAAUAAAAGAACAUAAACAUAUGAUCAGUAUAAAAUGAUAUGUGGGAACAAUUUCGUGAUUUUUUUUUUCAGAUUAAAAACAAUUCAGAUUUUUAUUUUGAAAUGAGCCUAC